AUGGACUUCCCCAGCGCCACCGUGCAGCAGGCCCUCAACUCGCUGGCCUCGUGCAUCCGCUGCCGGGAGCGCCGCGUGGGCUGCGACCGCCUGCUGCCCAGCUGCCAGGCCUGUCAAGCCAUCGGCGCCGCCUGCGAACUGUACGACCACGUCCUCGACGCCAAGUUCCCGCGCAGCUACCUGCAGCAGCUGCACCUGCGCCUUCAACACCUUGAGCAGCUCGAGGCCCAGCUGCAGUCCGACAGCCGACCCCAUGCCGUCGCCCAGCCCGCCUCCUCGUCGUCCUACUCCGCCCACGUCGCCCACCAGCGCCGCCUGCGCUCCGUUCCCUCGCUGCCCUCGCUCCGCUCGUCCUCGUCGGUCUCUGACGCCUCGUCGCCCUCUCCUCCUGACCCGUCGCACCCCGCCCUCCCCACCGAUGCCGUCGACGCAGACAGUGAAGCCCGCAGUGAGUGGGGGCCGUCCAGCGCGCUGGCACACCUCCGCCUCGUCGCAGGACUGCUCAACGUUGAACUCACACGCCCGCUGUACCAGGCGCUCAGCUUCAAGGUUGACGUGCCCUUGACCCAGCUUCAGUCCUCUCUGCUGGCCGUGCCCAGUCUCAAUGCCCCGCAGCCCCCCUUGCCGCCGCUAGAGACGGCCCAGUUCCUCCUCGAGUUCUACUACAACUCAAUUGACGCCAUAAUGCCCAUUCUGGGGCGCAAGCUGGGCGAUCAGGAUCUUCAACAGUUGUAUACCAACAGCUCGCAGCGCCAGAACAUGCGUGCCUGCACUCGUGCUCAACUGGCAUUGGCAGUUGGCGGCCGGUGUUUGUUCCGAAGCGCUGCGACCAAGGGUACCCCCGCUCAGUCGCAGGCUUACCUUCAGCUCUCCGACUCCUUAUUCGAAUCCGCCGCCGCUAGCCUGAAGAUCGUCAUGGGUGACUCGAGCACGCUCCUCGACGUGGUUUCGCCCUCCGCUUUUGAGAACGAGGAAGCCCACGCCAUGGCCAAGCUGCAGAUCGUUCUGCUUCUGGUUUGCUACACUCUUUGCGCGCCGCAAAAGGGAAACGUGUGGCAAUUGCUUGGAUUUGCGGAAAGGCUGUGGAGAAAUAUGCAAAACGCCCGUGCUCAGUUACGAAAAAGCAACAGCCCUGAUGGAUAUCUCGUUCGGGAGCAGGCGCGUCAUCGCCCCAAGCCCAAUCUUCUUUACUGCAGUUUCGUCUCUCUAGAACGCCUGGUAGGCAUGGGAUACGGGCGACCGAUCGACUUCCUCGACUUCUCCGAAGCUGAUGAGCCCAGACCGGACGAUAAGUCUGUGGCGGCCUUGUACACGAUAAUACUGGACCUGAAGCAAAGUGUUCAUGCAUCUUAUCUUUCUGGCCAGCAAGAUGGCGUUGGUAUACUCGGGCCGGCUCCCGGGACACCGAAAAUAGGCAGCAUUGAAUGGUACACCAAUGUAAAACGAAAGGCGGGAGCUUGGUUUGAGCAAUUCUCGGACGCAAUCGAGUUCAUGACGCGAGAUGGGUCACCAAUGGACAGCACUGACAUGCAGCGCAUGACGGACGGAAGGAAACAGUUCUGGCUCAGCACCGGCCGCAAAUGGCGAGACGAAACUCUGCACCUCGCCUUCGGGCUGUUGAUCCACAACACGCCAACUCCGGCUUCCACCCCGGCCUCGGGAAAAUCCGCGUCUCAGCGACACCUUCUGCCGCCAGAUCUGCUUGCUGAGGGCCGCGGCAUCGUUCAACGCUUGGUGAACGACUACAGCUACUUGCUCAGGCAGCCCUUCACCCUUACGCAUGAAGGCAGGCAAAUCCCGCUGGUUUUCCCGCGAUUGUGGGUGUUCGAUCUCGAAAUCUUCCGGACCGCAGUCACAGCAGCGUAUCUGUCACACCAUCGAGACAUUGCGCCGGGCACGAAGUCGAGCAUGAACUGGGAGGUGGCAAAUUGCGUCAAGUUGCUCAGCAGCACCAGCUCUGAGGUGGACGCCGAGGGUCUGUGUGAGGCAAUUCUGGCCCUGAUCGAAGUCGAAGGGUGA